GCUGGUCUCUGCAGAUAACAGACUUCUCCAACAAUGUGGAGAAAGUGCAGAACGCCAGCCGCUCGUCCGGUGUAAACAGCGGCUCCUCACGGCGGGUGACGGGCCCUUUACCUGGACCAGGACACCGGGAGACCGGGAGACCAGCCCUCCUCUCACAUCCACUCUGGUCGUUUCAGUGAUGCGAAAGCGGACCAGCUCCCUGACCGCCGAGCAUGACAGCGUCCCCCCCGCCGCCCCGGAGGAUAGCGACCCGGCUGUGAAGCGCUGCCCCCCGCAGGGAAAGGCGGGACACGGCGCGCCGCAGGGCACCGACCCGGAAAAGAGGAUGGCCAAGUCGUUCAAGAGGCUAGGUUUGGCAGGCAAAGUGAAGAGGAUUCUGAUGUGGAUUCUUCUGGUGUACUUCUGUAUCCCUGUCCUGGUGAAGCUCUGCCCCUCCAUCCAGGCCAAACUAGUAUUCCUCAACUUCGUGAGGCUGCCAUACUUCAUAGACCUGAAGAGACCAUCAGACCAUGGUCUGAACCACACAGUCAACUACUACCUGGAGCCAGAGAGCGGCUUCAAGAUAGGAGUCUGGCACACGGUGCCCGCCCAGAUGUGGGCGGAGGCUCAGGGUAAAGACAGAGACUGGUACGAUGCUGCGCUGCUCUCACCUCACCCUGUCAUCCUCUAUCUCCAUGGCAACGCAGGGACCAGGGGGGGUGACCACAGAGUACAGCUGUACAAGGUGCUCAGUUCAUUUGGCUACCAUGUGGUCACAUUUGACUACCGAGGCUGGGGGGACUCCGACGGCAGCCCCUCCGAGGGGGGCAUGACCGCCGACUCUCUGUUCAUGUACCACCGGCUCAAACGCGCCGUCGCCAACAAGCCCCUCUACGUCUGGGGCCACUCGCUGGGGACCGGAGUGGCCACCAACCUGGUGAGAAGACUCAGUGACACAGGAAGUCCUCCAGACGCUCUGGUCCUGGAGUCCCCGUUCACCAACAUCAGAGAGGAAGCUAGAAGCCACCCCUUCUCUAUGGUCUACCGGUACCUACCUGGCUUCGAUUGGUUCUUCUUAGACGCCAUCUCCGCCAACGACAUCCGCUUCGCCAGCGAUGAGAAUGUGAACCACAUCUCGUGUCCGGUGCUGAUCCUUCAUGCUGAGGACGACAGCGUGGUUCCCUUCCACCUGGGGAGGAAGCUGUACGCGGCGGCGGCUCGCUCCAAGAGUCUGAGCGGCCACAAGGUGCAGUUCAUCCCGUUCCAAGCCUCGCUGGGCUACAAGCACAAGUUCAUCUACAGGAGCCCCGAGCUGCCCCACAUCCUCAGUGACUUCUUUGGAGCCUUGCAUCCAAACACACAAUGAGGACCUCCGCAGCCUGGAACACACACACACACGUACACACACGCACACACUUAAGCACACAUGCACACACUCAAUCACACACCAACACACUUAAACACACAUUCACACCAGAUCUUUGUGGGUGUGUGUCUCUGAAAGGACGACAGAAUGUUAAUACCGGAAUUUAGAAUUCCCACACACAUGCACACAUGCACAUGCACACACACCUACACCCAAAAAGGAAGUGACUCUAAUGUUGAUGGUUGCCAUGGAAGCACGGUGCACACGAUUGGUCAGACCUUUGAAGACGAGCCUUCCAUCCCGUGUGCCUCCUGCUCUCUGAUUGGUUUGUUUUGAGUGACACACCUAAUUCUGAUUUAGCGUUUGACUGAAAUGUUCUAAGGUAUUGAUCAUCAAUGUAUGAGAGUACCUUGUGUUGUAUUUUAGAAAGCUUUAUUGUUCCGUAUCGGGAACAAUCAGGGAACCAUUUUAAACGUUUCAUCACUCAGCCCCGCCAUGUAGUGACAUCACGUCUGAGGAUCACUAACCCCCAUCGUGUAGUGACAUCACGUCUGAGGAUCAUGAACCCCCAUCAUGUAGUGACAUCGCGUCUGAGGAUCACUAACCCCCAUCAUGUAGUGACAUCACGUCUGAGGAUCAUGAACCCCCAUCAUGUAGUGACAUCACGUCUGAGGAUCACUAACCCCCAUCGUGUAGUGACAUCACGUCUGAGGAUCAUGAACCCCCAUCGUGUAGUGACAUAACGUCUGAGGAUCACUAACCCCCAUCGUGUAGUGACAUCACGUCUGAGGAUCACUAACUCCCAUUGUGUAGUGACAUCACGUCUGAGGAUCAUGAACCCCCAUCUUGUAGUGACAUCACGUCUGAGGAUCACUAACCCCCGUCAUGUAGUGACAUCACGUCUGAGGAUCACUAACCCCCGUCAUGUAGUGACAUCACGUCUGAGGAUCACUAACCCCCAUCAUGUAGUGACAUCACAUCCGAGGAUCACUAACCCCUGUCAUGUAGUGACAUCAGGUCUGAGGAUCACUAACCCCCGUCAUAUAGUCUGGGGGUCUAGAGGGUCUUGCUGGUCCCAACAGAACCAGUAUGAAGAGUGGACUCAGACCAUCUCAAUAUGAAGCCAGUGUUAUCGCUCUCCCAUGAUUGGUUGGUGGGUUUGUGAGGCGACCAAUCAGUACCGUACCUUUUUGAUUAUUCCGCUUUUAGGUUUAGAAGACCAAUCACGAGCAUUGCUGUAGAGCUGGACAUUUGCAUAUCUAAAUGAGGUGUGGUAGUUGUUGAGACUGAGAAGCAGAUAAAAACUGGACUGGAUCUGGUGUGUAACUGGAAUGAAGAUCUGGUUUAGGAUCAUUAGGAGAUGGGGUCCAGGUCCUGGUCAGAACCGGAUCCAGUCCUUAGACCUCUGGAUACCAUGGACAGGAGAGAUUGUGUUUGUCCUAUCAGAUCAGUCGACCUCUGGAAGCCUCAUUUAGGUCAGUUAUUGAAAUGAAAUAAAGUGUAAAGGCUCUGAUGUCAUCAUGGCCUGCAAAUUAUUUAUUAAAAGUAUGUAUAUUCACAAAAGCUGAACCAUCAGAAUAACAUGACAACGUAUCAAAGGUUAAUAUUUCAUGUGUGGUUGUUAAUGCUGCAUAGGUCAAUCGAUCUAAAAAUACAAUUAAAAUGUAAAUUAUUCCAACUAAAUAUUAUAACAAUGAAAAACUUUUUGAUAAACAAACAGUUCCAUAGUAGUUUGACACCUUUUGACACUUCUAGAAAACACAACACAUCCCUGAAUACCAGAGUUUCAAAGAUCAUGUACCUCUACAUGAUUAUAUCUAGAUGAUUAUAUCUAAAUGCUUAGCUUUAGAUGAUUAGAUCUAGAUGUUUAGGCUCCAGAUGUUUAGCUCCAGAUGUUUAGCUCUAGAUGUUCAGUUCUUCAUGUUUAGCUCUAGAUGAUAAUAUCUACAUGUUUUGGUAAAGUUAAAGUAACAUGUUGGCUGGUCAUGGUUAUAAACACAGAUCAUCAAUAAUGUAAAAUACUACCUAACAAUUUAUAUCACAUGUAAGAACAAUAUAAAAAACGCAAAACACACACAGGACACACCUAACAAUAUGUUACAUGUAAAAACAAGCAGGAAAUCCCUUCGUUACCACGGAAACCACAUGUUUACGUACUUCUACCUCACAGUUCAGAACACAUCUACAGUUUUGGUGUGACCUCAUCACCAUGGAGACGGCCGGUCCGGUCCGGUCUCAGAGGAACAUCUCCUUGUUGAUCCACAUGAGGGUGCACGUGUCGCUGGGUUUGCACUCGUACUCGAUGCUGCUGAAGCUGUUGCCCCACUGGCAGUGGUCCCUCUUGCUGUAGUUGUAGAACUUGACCUGCCACACCGUCUCCAGGCUGCCAACCUCGGAGAACUGAGCACAGGUUAGAACCUGGGUUAGGGUAAACUGAUAUAUAAACUGGUUCACACACUGGUUUACAUGGUUGUUUAUAAACUGGUCUACACGCUGGGUUCUGAACUGGUUUCCAAAGUGGUUUGACACUGGGUUCUGAACUGGUUUCCUCACCUGGAUGAUGAUCUGGACGGGCUGGCGCUCUCCGCUCUUGGUACGGGUCACGCCUUCCGUGUCGUACUGGCCGCUGUAGACCCCGGCCUGGGGGUCUUUGGACUGCUGCUCCAGGGGGAAGCUGGUCCCGCCCACGCUCAUGGACCUGGACCGGAAGACGCUUGUUAUCGUUAGGACUUACGGCUCCUGUCAGUGGGGCGCGACGCCUUUAGUAGUAAUACGGUGUUAUUUAUGAUUAGGAACUCGUUACUUUGUGUUAAAGAGCCAUUGAACCCCCAACCACUAUAGUUUUGUGUAAACAAGGAUAAUUUGUCUGAUCGGACUUCAUACGCAACGUUGUCUGUCACCAUGGAGGUAACCAGUGGCAUCAGGCUGUUUCAUUCGGGGCUAAAGCACCAGAUAUUAUUUAAUUAGCCCUGAAUGUAAAAUUUUUUUUUUUUUGCUUGCUUUACACUAGAAACAAACAUGGGGAUUUCAGGGGCAUCUCAAAAUAAAGUAGCCUAGUCCUUCUAGAUAGUCCUUCUGGUAAGAGAAUAAACUGUUUAAAAACAAACAUAACCAGACUGUCUACCACCUCAAGUGGAAUAACCUAUCCUAUCCCCAGUCAUAUAUAUAUAUAG